AUGGAGGAUCCACAGGACCGAAGCGUCAAAGAUCCUAAGAAACAGACCGCAGCCCAGCGAGGCGCGGUGCCUGGCUUCUGGAUACCCACGUCGUCCGAGGAUUGGCAUCAACUCGUGUUAGCUGUUACGGUCAUGAGUCGGCUGGUCAAGAAAAAAAAACAAAAAGACGAUGGUUCAUUGGCCGCUGCCACUGUACUGCACACAGGGUAUUAA